GUGUGUCAUGAUACUCUAACUAAUUCAAACCUCUUUUUCCACUUUCCUUAUUGGAUUUCUCUUCCUCUAUUUAUUUCCCCAUUCAUUCAACAUUUCUUUGUCAAACACAAAACUCCAACAUAAUUUAUUUUGCUGCUUUGGCUCUGCUCAACAUGAAGCUAUUGAGUUUCUGCUCCAUAUUUUUGCUUUUCAACAUUGUUCUCGUUUUUGCUGAAGACCCUUAUAGAUUCUUCGACUGGAACAUUACCUAUGGUGACAUUUAUCCUCUUGGAGUUAAACAACAGGGUAUUCUUAUCAAUGGUCAAUUUCCAGGACCUGAAAUUUACUCUGUGACCAAUGACAAUUUGAUCAUCAAUGUGCACAAUAGCUUGCCUGAGCCAUUUCUUAUAUCAUGGAAUGGAAUCCAACAAAGGAGAAAUUCAUAUGAAGAUGGAGUUUAUGGAACCACAUGUCCCAUACCACCUGGCAAGAACUUCACAUACACACUUCAAGUGAAAGAUCAAAUUGGAAGCUUCUUCUAUUUUCCAUCUCUUGCUUUCCACAAGGCAGCUGGUGGUUUUGGGUCCAUCAAAAUCCUAAGCAGACCAAGAAUUCCUGUUCCAUUCCCUGACCCAACUGAUGAUUACACACUUCUCAUUGGAGAUUGGUACCAGAUUGAUCACACGAGGCUCAGGAAAGUUCUAGAUUUUGGACAUAGACUUCCAUUCCCUCAAGCCGUUCUUAUCAAUGGUCGUGCAAAUGGUACAACAUUCACCGUUGAACAAGGAAAAACAUACAGGCUUAGAAUAUCAAAUGUUGGACUACAAAACACACUGAACUUUAGGAUUCAAAAUCACAUAAUGAAGUUGGUUGAAGUUGAGGGAACUCACACAAUACAAACAUCAUAUUCCUCAAUAGAUGUCCAUGUUGGACAAUCUUAUUCUGUGCUUAUCACAGCUGAUCAAGCACCAAAGGACUACUACAUUGUUGUUUCAACUCGUUUCACUAAUACCAUCCUCACAAGCACUGCCAACCUUCACUACAGUAACUCACAACAACCUCUUUUAGGCCCUAUUCCUGCUGGACCAACCACUCAGAUUGAUUGGUCCCUUGAACAAGCUAGAUCCAUCAGGACAAACCUUACUGCAAGUGGACCAAGGCCAAAUCCACAAGGUUCCUACCAUUAUGGUACGAUAAACAUUAGCAGGACAAUCAAGUUAGAGAGCUCAGCAGCACUAGUGAAUGGAAAACAAAGAUAUGCAGUCAACAGUGUAUCUUUCAUACCAGCUGACACUCCUCUGAAGCUAGCUGAUUAUUUCAAAAUUGGUGGUGUUUUCCAAGUUGGAAGCAUUCCAGAUACCCCUUCUCAUAAACCCAUGUAUCUUGAUACCUCAGUCAUGGGUGCCGAUUUUCGAGCAUUCGUUGAAAUCGUGUUUCAGAACCAUGAAAAUAUCAUCCAAAGUUGGCACAUUGAUGGAUACUCGUUUUGGGUUGUAGGAAUGGACGGUGGUGUGUGGACGCCUAAUAGCCGUGGCCAAUACAAUCUAAAUGAUGCCGUGUCUAGGAGCACAACACAGGUAUAUCCAAAGUCAUGGACUGCAAUUUAUAUGGCACUAGACAAUGUGGGUAUGUGGAAUGUGAGGAGUGAAUUUUGGACAAGACAAUAUCUUGGACAACAAUUCUAUUUGCGUGUAUAUUCACCUGUUGAAUCAGUUAGGGAUGAAUAUCCAAUUCCAAAGAAUGCUCUUCUUUGUGGCAAAGCAUUUGGCAGAUAAACCGGAUCAUUAUGAAGUUUUAAAUCUACAACAAUAUGUUAACCAACAACCUAGUUUUAUAUUAUUAGGGACUAACUUGGUCCCAUUCUUUGCAAAUUCAUGUGUAAUUUAUUUGUAUUAUUACAUAUUAUUCUCCAUCACAUUGUCAUAAUAAGUUAGUUUCCGAAUAUUGUUUUAUUUUUUCCUCAAUUAAAUAAUUUUCCGUGAUCGAUGUAUUAGCAUGUUGCUGCUUUAGAUUUACAACAAUGAAAUGAAGCAAAGUAGUUCAAUCUUGUUA